UUUCUUCCCAUUCUGCAGUCCUCUCCCCUGUCUGCACAUGGAGUGGGAGUCUCUGCACUGACAGCUCAGUGCGAUGAGCAUCAGCAUCGAAGCAAAGACACAGCUGUAAUGAGAAGAGGGGUGGGGGUGCAGUUCUGGAAGAUUCUACAGGAAUCUUACCAGUGUACCCCAUUUCAUCAGUUUAUUGUGGGGACUUUCUCUGCGCUAGGUGCUUGUUAGCCUUCCCUGUCAAAGCCACAACGCAGUCUGUGGUGGAGACUAAAGGUUUUGGGAGCCAAUGACUGGAAUAGACUGAUACCGACUUCUCACUGCAAAGAUGUCAAAAAGGCCAUCCUAUGCCCCUCCCCCUCCCCCUGCCCCUACAACUCAAAUGCCCAACACUACCGGGUUUGUGGGGUACAACCCAUACAGCCAUCUGGCCUACAACAACUACAGACUGGGAGGGAGCCAAAGCAGCAACAGUCGGGUAACGAAUUCCUCUGGAAUAAAUAUCCCAAAGCCACCCAAGCCACCCGAUAAGCCUCUGAUGCCAUAUAUGAGAUACAGCCGUAAGGUUUGGGAUCAAGUAAAAGCCUCCAAUCCUGAUCUGAAGCUAUGGGAAAUUGGGAAGAUAAUCGGUGGCAUGUGGAGGGACCUCACUGAUGAGGAGAAACAGGAUUAUUUGAAUGACUACGAAGCAGAGAAGAUUGAGUAUAAUGAGAGCAUGAAGGCCUAUCACAACUCGCCAGCCUACCUGGCCUACGUCAAUGCAAAAAGCCGUGCCGAGGCAGCUCUAGAAGAGGAGAGCCGCCAGCGCCAGUCCAGAUUGGACAAGGGCGAGCCUUACAUGAGUAUUCAGCCAGCAGAGGACCCAGAUGAUUAUGACGAUGGGUUUUCCAUAAAGCACUCGGCCGCGACCCGUUUCCAACGCAACCACCGUCUGAUCAGUGAGAUCCUCAGUGAGAGUGUGGUGCCAGAUGUGCGCUCUGUUGUUACCACUGCCCGCAUGCAGGUCCUCAAACGGCAGGUCCAGUCUCUGAUGGUCCACCAGAGAAAGUUGGAGGCAGAGUUGCUUCAGAUUGAAGACCGCCACCAGGACAAGAAAAGAAAAUUCAUUGAAGCCACAGAGUCUUUCACUAACGAGCUCAAAAGGCUGUGCUGUAUGAAAGUAGAGGUGGACAUGGAGAAGAUAUCUGCAGAGAUAGCAGCAGCAGAAGAGGCAGCCCGCAAACGGAUGGCAGAACGUGAGAAGGAUGCAGGAGACCGAGGCGCCAGGGAAGCCCCCACCUGUGUGUUAGCUGAAGAAGAAAAACACAUCUGUGCAACGCACGGCAACAAGUCCCAGCAAAAUAAUCUCAGCGAAAGAAGCAACAAGGAUGGUGACGACACAGAAUCCAACCACACAGAUACACCAGGGAAACCAAAGCCCUCAGAAGAAGCUGAGGCUCAUCCAGGCAGUGAGGAGGGGGUAUCAGAGGACAAGGAGAGCGUUCCAGAAGGGGCAAUAGAGGAGGGAACCAGCGACAGUAACACAGGCUCAGAAACCACCUCCGCUCAGACAGAAGACGCCCCCACCAGCGAGCCAUCGGAGGGUCCCAGCAGGGCCAGAGCAGCCCACUGACUCCCAACAGCUGACAGGCUCUGAACUCUAAGGCUGUCAUUCCAUCUGCUGCCCUCUGCUAUUCUCCUCUAAUAACAUAUAUUGCACAGUAUCAUCUCAGAUCGUCGAAGCAUGUAGUGUUCAAACGACUCAAUGUUUAUCAAGAUGUUGAGUCUGAAAACACAGCGGCUCACUGACACGCGCUGAAUACGAAUAAAUGAAAGCACUUGAAGCCAACAAGGCAAUGGUCCUGUCUAAAAUCAGUGGGUGCUGCUGAGUGCCCCGCAUAAGCCCAGGUGAAAGCACUAUAUUUCCUCCACAGGCCUCAUUGCUAUCUGAAAGAAACCAUACAGGCCAUGGUUAGCACAUAUCGAUACAUAUCUUUCAUCUCACUCUCUAGCACUAAGGCAGACCCCAGAGAGUCGCAAAUGAAGACUGGCCCUAAGAAAAAGGCUGUCACCAGACAAAAAUUGUUCAGUGUUAUAUUUAACUUUGUUCUUUGUAUUGUAGUGUCAUUGUUGCUUUUAUUGUUAUUUUUGCAUGUUGCAGUUUUUAAAAAUGAGUUGGCAUACUUGUGAAAAGUGGAGUGGGGUGACCAUCUCCUCGGCAGGCGAAUAUUUGUUUACUCUCUGUAUCAGUAUUACAGUGACAGUAUUGUCUCAGGAGUUUGUAGUCACUAGUAGUGGUAGACCCUUUUGUUAUUUAUUAUCAGCAGUUUUAUUAUGAUACUUGUGUAUUGGUUGUCCUGGGGUCCGGCCCAGUCCUCCCAUAAGUAUAUCACAUGAUCAUCAAUGCUGUACAAUGCUCUACUACCAGUGUUCUCAAGUUUGCUAGCUGUCAAUCAAAUCAAAAGCAGUAUGCUUAGAACAUUUCUGUGUUUGAAUCAAUAUUGCAAUUUCGAGCAGUAAACUUUUCAACGUAUCGUAAUUGUGUACUCAGUGUUACGAGGUUUGCUUAAAAAUGGAGAUUCUUGUUGUCGUAAAACAGCUUGAAGAACCGUCAUGAACAUGCAGUCUUAAAAUGAAUUUCCUUUUGCAUAUUUAUACCAAUAAACUUUUUUACCCUAAAACUG